AUGCCAUCAGCCGCCGAACCCCCCUCGUCCCCCACCGCGGGCGGCUCUCUCGAGGAAGACCUCGCCUACUACAAAGCCCAGUAUGAGCAGCUCGAAGUCGAGCUGCAGGAGUUCCAGGCCUCCAGCCGCGAGCUCGAGGCCGAGCUCGAGCGGGACAUCGAAGCGUCCGAGAAGCGCGAACGAGGCUUGAAGGAGAAGGUCGAAGGCUUGGGCUUUGAGGUCGAGGAGUGGAAGGCCAAAUACAAGCAAUCCAAAACCGAAGCCAACGGCGCUCAAAACGCGCUUCAGCGGGAGAUCACGACUCUCCGCGACCAGAACCGGACACUACAGCUCACACUGCGGGACAUUGAAGUCGCAAACGACGAGCACGAGCGUCAAGCUCGCUAUCACACCUCAUCAUUGGAAGACCUCGAGCAAAAGUACAACGUCACGAUAGAGCGUGGCGUCAUGCUCGAGGAAGAAAUCAAGGCGGGUGAGCAGGAGCGUGAGGAUCUCCGGAUAGAGAACCAGCGCCUGCGUGAUGAGCUGUCUGACAUCUCCAUCGAAACCGACAUCAUCAAGGAGAAGCUUCGUCUUGCUGAGGACACCGUCACUCGUUUCCGUGACCAGAAAGCUCGUGCGUUCACAUCGGGCGAAAGGCCGCGCUCACCCGUUUCAGAGACGUCAACGUCCGCCACCACCGUUUCAUCGCCCACCAUGUCGACACCGCCCCCCAUCAAGGAAAAGCGGACCAGCGUGCCUACCCCGCCUUCGCCGCCGCCUUCCGAGUAUCCCGAGCACACCAAGGAAAGAAUCACUCCGAUUCAACGCAAGCGCUCGGUUGCCGUCCAUGAUAACACGACGCCUCGUGCAGUCAACUACCCCAGCGGUGCUAGACACUCACGCGCUCCGUCGAUCCCGUGGAGCUCGUCGACCGCCAGCGGCCGCCAGACACCCGCGAAUCGCACCACCAGGAAGGGCUUGCACUCUAACCGCUCCAGCGCCGAUGGCUUGCCACGCUCGAGCUCGUUGUACCAGAUCCGGGGCCUCAUUGGCAAGAUGCAGAAACUCGAAGCACGCGUGCACAGUGCGCGGAGCAAGCUUCCCGGCCCGACGACCACGCCGCCGCGGGCGAGUCCCCGCAACAACAGCGCUAAUGGUCAGCACCCACUUCCCAUCGGCCACACUCUCCGCAAGCGCACCAGCAACAGCACGACCAGCUCUGUCAGUAACAGUGGCCAAGAGACCGCCCCGCCCGUUAGCAAGCUCUCGUUCGGAACUCCCACCAACACCAAGAGCGCCAACGGCACCAGCCUCGGGCCGUUUAUCGCCAGCAGCACCGUUAGCGGCAGCAGCCGGCCGAGCAGCAGGAACAGCGGCAGUGAUCGAUCGGCCGUUGGACGGCCGACUAGCCGCACCAGCCACACCUCGAGCAACAUCACAGGCGGCCGUACGACACCGAUCGGCCACUACUCGACAUCCUCGACAACAGAGGCCCGGAGACCGCGUUCAAGCGUCAGCAGGGCUGCGCGUGAUCCUUGGGGUGACCGGUAUGGUGGCCGCGCUACGCUGUCAGUGAACCACAACCACAGCCAAUCGGUUUCAGACCAGCGGUAUGGACGGGCACGUGCGCUCAGUCGGCGUGAGCUUGAUGACGACGACGACGAUGACGAUGAGGAUGACCGCCGCCGCCGCCCUAGCCGCACCAACCGCCUUGUGACGCCGGUCAAGCGGGCCGACUUCAGCAAGAGCGUUGGGGCCGCCUCGACCGGCAUCCCGAAAUUCUCACCUGGCUCCGGCAUCCCAGCUCCUAGCGGCUUACCUGCUCCUCGCGGCUUACCUGUGCCCAGCUCCUUGCCGCGGACAAGCAUUGGCAGGAGGAAGACCGUGACGGAGAGAGACUCGCCAUCAGAGCCGCCGCGCACGCGUACCAUCGGAAGACAGAGAGGAUACAGCGAAGUGGGCGAGACGUGGUAG